CGUUUUCACCGCUCAUCUCUCGACCGACCAAGCAUCUGCAAGAGAAUACAAUCCUGUGGUCAGGUAUAAAUAGUGGUGAGAGCAGGUGGGCGGAGCCAUAGCAGCACACGUCACGACAGGUCGCGGUCUUGCAGUCUGGAGAACGCUUUGAAUCGCUGUCAAGUUACACCAGAAGCUUCAGAUAAAUGGAUCCAUGUGGGGUGAGACCAGCGAUUGUCGGUGAACCGAGGUUCAUACUUCCCUGAGACUGUCUGAGCUGCUGCGCUUCACCAAGUCUGAACUUGCUGACACAAUCCAGAUGGCGCUGCAGGAGGACCCCCUGUAUGAUUUCCCAGAGCCCAGUCAAUCAUCCCAAAAGAAGUUUUUGGGCCACCAAAGAGGACGAGGUUCGCUGAGGAGCAUCAGCGUUCUGGACCGUCUUCUGCUCACGGUACCGGUCUGGCUGCAGCUGUCCAUCAACCCGGCCACAGCGCUGCACAUCCUGCAGAGGGAACCUCCUGGGACAUUCUUGGUGCGCAAGUCUCGCACGUCGCAGACGAAUGUUCUGUGCGUGCGACUGGCCGACGACAGCGUCCCGUCAUUUGUGCAGCAGUUUGGAAUCAGAGAGGAGCAUCCCACCCUGUCUCUGGAAACCUCUGCUAUCAGCUUCCCGGAUCUUCCCAGACUCAUUUCCUUCUACUGUGUCAGCAGAGACGUCCUCCCAUUCCCUCUGGAGCUUCCUGAAGCCAUCGCCAAGGCCACGUCACACAAGGAGCUCGAGUCCAUCUCUCACAUGGGAAUAGAAUUCUGGAACUCACACCUCAACGUUCGUGGACCGCGUUCAGCACCAAAGUCUGAUGAGGAAAAGCAGCCUGGUGCUGAGAGUUCAGCCCCUGCUGCUGCACCUCCUCUCCCUGCUGCUUCACCACAGUUACCCCCUGACGCAGACACUCAAGCUGACUCAAAGUCUGAGGGCCAAGAAUCGGGUCAGAAUCCCACCUUGUUCCACGAGUUCUGCCCCAUCACGACGCGCAGCCCUCUGGAGUUGGAUUGCGGUUCGGGCCAGGGCGCCCUCUGCUUCAUCAACCCUCUCUUCCUGCAGUCUCAGAAUGUUCUGUCACGGCGCCGCCUCUGUAAACGCAGCCUGAAGGUGCGAGUGUCCACCGAGACCUCCACGCUGCUCUCACCUCCUUUGGCUCCUCCGCCGCCACCUCCCUUACUGCCCAAAGCCAAAGGUCUCAAACGGGGUGCUGCAAAGCCAAACCAAGAAGAAGACCAGUCCGGCCAGUUCCUGACUGCCGACAUAACUGGAGGACCCCAGGUACCUGAGGUAGAACAGCCUGAAGACGAAACUCUGGCGACGAUCCCGGAGUUUCUGCCCAGUGACUACAUGGACCCGACUUCAGUCACCUCACAACCAUCGCUGUCUCCUUAUCUACCGCCUCCACUCCCAGCCAAAGCAAGUGCAACACACUCACCAGCCAGUGACCCCCCCGCGGCCGCACCUGCUCUCUCACCGUAUCAGUUCCCAUCUCCUUCCCCAAACCCCUCUUUCUUUCUUGCUCCAUGUGAGUCAGCCGGUGAUUCCCCUUCACUUUCACCAUAUCAGUCGCCCUCUCCCUCACCAAGGGCCCUGUUACCUCUCUCACCCUUCACCUCCCUUUCCCUGACUCCGCUUGCUGAGCAGGUCUAUGACCGACCAGUGACUCCUUCAGACCUUCAGAUACCAGAGGGAGAGGUGACUGAGGGGGACCAGGUGAAGGAAACAUGUAGAGAUAAGCAAAUGCCUCAAGAGGAAAAUCAUCUGGUUCCUGCGUCACUAAAUAACACUGAUAGCUGCAGUUCAUUCAGCAGCCUGGAGGAGGCAGCAGAAGCCCAAUCAUCCCAAUAACCUCUGAAAUCUUUUAAUAGAAUGUUUUUAGUUCACGUUCUUCUUUUAUUUCAUUUAUGAUGCGGCCAUUUGUCAUGGUCUGGGUUUUUCAGUAUCCUCAGAACUAUGGCCUGUGAGCAAAUGCGAACAUCUUUAAACAAACUUUUUUUUUUUACAUCCUAUCAUUACUUUGUUAAAUCACUCCCACUUCAUAAACUCAACUUUGCUAGCACCACUCUGCCUCUCAGGGUGUCACAGUGAUGUGUCCAAUUGGUGGAAAUUUGAGGUCUGAAUUGAAUGCGUCUCUGCGACAAUGAUGUUUGGUGACGAUGUAGUGAUUUGUAUUGAGCGUAUGGAGGAGUGGAAUGGAGGUGACAAUAUGUGAGCAGAAUGCUCCAUAUUUCUGACAGUCCCUGAAUGCAUCAUCAAAUAUCUGCUUCAACUUUUAAACAGGCACAGCAGCUCAACUGACAACUGGUGAGUGUAAAAGGAAGAUUAAGGUCUGAAGUGUUUCAAUAAACUGAUCCAACACUGCAGACGGAAAGCUCAGAAAGGAAAUGUCCCAAUAGAUCUAAUGACCCAAUGUUAAAUUACCAAGUCACUCAGCUUUAGAUAAAUUAAAG